AUGCUCCCUGAGGAUUUGUGUUGUAUCGAUCGGACUUCUUACGCAAACGAGGAAGCAUCGCAGCGAAUGAUUAGCGAGAUUCAGACUAUGGUGAAGCCAGUCCCCGAGAACCUGAAACCACGACGGCCUCUCAAAGACCGCGUGCUCGCCCGUCAUAAUCUACUUCUGAUGGAUGAUCAGUCUCAAUUCGAUGGGGCAACAUCUCAUGAAAUUCGCGACCACUGGCGGAAUGAAGGCCAUGAUGAAUUAAAUUCAUGUGCUGAAACCCUCUGCUUCUUUAGUGGUCUCUUUGGUGCUCGAUAUAAUUUUUGCCUUUUUGUCGAUGAUAUCUGUCUCGAGUCAUUGAAUCAUAUGGGCUUGCCUGUUGUGAAGAUUCUUAGAAGAGACUUUGGCCAUUUGGAGCCAGAGAAGAGAUGGUACACUAUAUAUCCAGGAUUUGAGGAUGGUCGUACGGCAGAGCACUAUCAGGAUGUGGGAUGGAUGUACAUGGAUGUGCUGUCCUAUCCUGAGUUUUACGCUUACUUUUCAAAGGAACACACUUAUUGGUAUGAUCAAUACUCAAGACCACCCGAUAUGGUCUUUGGAUUUGAGACGCCGGGAUUCUGGAGGAAAUGA